AUUCAAGCACGUCAGCAAUGCCUUUGUGGCGCGAUUGACACCUAAGCAGCUGCAGCAGCUGAAGCGGCACCCAGCAGUUGCAGAAGUCAAGUCCAACUACCGAAUCAGCAAGCUCACCACCGACUCUGCAAACUUUCUAAACCUGCCCGGGACGCUCUGGACUGCCCGGGGUCGCGAGCGGGCAGGAGAAGGUGUAGUCGUUGGAAUAGUUGACACGGGUUUUUGGCCGGAACACCCUUCAUUCUCCUCGAAUGUUACUCCACCUGAUCUUCCAUACCCUAACCCUCCAUCAAUCUGGAGAGGCACCUGUCAGGUGACAUCUGAUUUCAAGUGCAACAGAAAGGUGAUUGGCGCGAAAAUUUGCAACUCGGGGUUCCGGAUGUGGUUCGGGCAGGAAGACACGACCGCUGAUUGGACAUCGGCUCGGGAUGCGGAUGGGCACGGCACCUGGUGUGCAGCAGCGGCAGCGGGCAACAGCAACGUGCCUGUGGUGCUAUCUCCCCGCGACAUAAACGUCGGCAACGCCACCGGCAUGGCACCCCGCGCCUUCCUCGCAGCCUACAAGGUCUUCUGGGGCAACUCUGUCACAGGCGGCGGGAUCACUGCCACGUAUGCUGACGUGGAGGCAGCAGUCAACGCGGCUGUCGCUGACGGGGUUGACGUCAUCUCGCUCUCCCUGGGCGGCGCAGACCCCAGUGCCACGUAUUUCAGCGAUCUGCCGUAUUUAUAUGCGAAUCUGGCCGGCACGGUGGUGGUUUAUGCAGCGGGGAACUCCGGUCCUCCUCCUCUCACCUCUUCAAUGUAUCGCAGCAUCUCCAACUUCUCGCCAUUCUACCUCACUGUUGGCGCCAGGUGGGUUUCCAGGUGGCUUUCUGUUGGUGCCAGGUUAGUGCACCAUCGCUUGCAGCUACGUCUCUUCAGCCACGCUGGGCGACGGGCGAGUCGUGAAGCUGUACGGCCUUGUGCAUUCCGGUAUCAACCUCUCCUCCCCCUUUUUCCCUCCCCUUUCCCCUCCCCCUUUUCCCCUCCCCUUUCCCCUCCCCCUUUUCCCCUCCCCCCUUUCCCCUCCCCCUUUUCCCCUCCCCCCUUUCCCCUCCCCCUUUUCCCCUCCCCCCUCUCCCCCUGCAGCACCAUCGCUCGCAGCUAUGUGUCGGCUGCCACGCUGGGCGACGGGCGGGUGGUGAAGCUGUACGGGUUUGGCUCGGGAAACGUGCCGGUGCAGGGACUGGGGCUGGUGGAGGGCGCUGCAGCGCGGGCAGCCGGGAAGACUGAGAUCGAGGUGGGUGUGGCGAAGGGCAGAUGCAGUGCGGUGCAGGGUCUGGGGCUGGUGGAGGGUGUUGCAGCGCAGGCAGCCGGGAAGAGUGAGAUCGAGGGUCAAUACUGUGCUGAAGGCGCACUGAACGCCGCCAAGAUUGCAGGGAAGAUCGUUCUGUGCUCGUAUGGGUGGACCAGCAGCAGAAGCAAGGCAGCAGAGGUUGCUGGGAAGGGCGGCAGCGCUGUGAUUGUAGUGGAUGUGCCUGUAACAGCCAGAACGUACCCUAUUUAUGAGGCUCGGCUGCCGGUCAUGGGAUCAGAGGCGAGCGAGACGGGUGUUUUGCGCGCGUACACCCGCACUGCUGCCAGGUGA